AUGGUCCGUCUAGUCUUAAUUGACGAAGUACAUAUCCUGAAAGACGUUCGCGGCGCCACAUUAGAAGCUGUUGUUUCUCGUAUGAAAACUAUUGGAGCAAAUAUCCGAUUUAUUGCUUUGAGUGCUACCGUCCCGAAUAUCGAAGACAUUGCGAAAUGGCUCGGACGAGACCAUUCGAAUCAAUAUGAAGCAGCCCGGACCGAGGCAUUUGGCGAGGAACUACGGCCAGUUAAACUACAGCGAUAUGUUUACGGAUACGAGGGCUGCUCGAAUGAUUUUUCAUUCGAGAAGUCCCUCGACGGGAAGCUGGCUAUGCUACUUGCGAAGCAUUCGGAGAAGAAGCCAAUCAUGAUAUUCUGCUUUACUAGAAAGUCGUGUGAGCUAACAGCUCGGAAGCUAGCUGAAUGGUGGUCAGCCUGCAGCGUGGAAGACCGAGCUUGGCCAGCACCGACAAGACGAGUCUCAGUAACAAGUGCAGAGCUCCAGGAGAUCGCCCGAUAUGGUGUGGCUUUUCACCACGCGGGUCUCGACACACAAGAUAGAUUAGCGGUAGCACAGAAUUUCCUCGAUGGCCAGAUUCAUGUUAUCUGUUGCACAUCGACCUUAGCAGUUGGAGUGAACCUUCCUUGUCAUACCGUGGUUCUAAAGGGGACAGUUGCGUACUCCGACAACAAGCUUCAAGAAUAUUCAAACCUGGAGGUUAUGCAAAUGCUUGGUCGUGCAGGUCGACCACAAUUUGACGAUAGCGCUGUGGCCAUUAUUAUGACCCGGAAAGCAAACGUUGAUCAAUAUAAAAGCAUGAUAUCUGGGGACGAGACUUUAGAGAGUACACUUCAUCGAAAUCUGGUCGAACAUCUCAACUCUGAAAUUAGCUUGGGCACGAUCCAAGAUGUCCAGACUGCGAAGAAAUGGAUUGGAGGAACAUUCCUCAGUGUACGAGUACGUCAAUCUCCAUCGCUAUAUCACCUUGAAGAUGUCCGCAAUGCCGAAGACGCCGACAAGAGAAUGGAAGAAUGGUGCGAGCGUGAUCUCAAGCUCCUACAGCAAAAUGGGCUAGUUACUGGGCAAGCACCGUUUAGGUGUACAGAAUAUGGACAUGCUAUGUCAAGGUACAUGGUCAACUUCGAGACUAUGAAAGAGCUCCUAUCAAUUCCUCGGGGUGCGGCACUUCAAGAGACACUCGCUACACUCUGCAAGGCUGGAGAGUUCAAAGACUACCGAUUCAAGACUGAUGAGCGCGCUGUAUUCAGGGACCUGAAUAAAUCCCCUUUCAUCCUCCAUCCAAUCAAGGAGACUUUGACGCAGACCUGGCAUAAAAUAUUCGUCAUGAUCCAGGUCCACCUUAGGGGUGUGGAGCUGCCAAACGAAAAGGGGAUUGGCCUUCUCAAGCAAAGAAUUGCGAUGGACAAAGCUGCUAUAUUCGAUCGAAUGAAUCGCCUAGUACGCUGCUACGUAGAUUGUCGCGCAUUUGAUGGAGACGGAUUAGGUACAAAGAUCGGCCUUGAACUCGCCCGUGCCCUCGCUGCAAAUUCGUGGGAGAAUAAACCAUCACAGCUUUCUCAAAUCCCAGGGUCUGGCCCUGUAAUGGUUCGUAAAUGGGUCAGCCACGGAGUCCAUACAGUACUAGGACUCGCCGACAGGGACUUCGGUGAGAUUGAGCGUAUUUCAAGCAGGAACCCUCCGUACGGGAUGAGGCUAUUGAAGACUCUAGAAAACUUUCCCCGCUUGGCCAUGGGAGCUAAUAUCAUUACCAGCGCUGCACACUCGUCGCAGCAGGAACAUAAUGUGACAGUAAUAGUGAAAGUCAACCUUCGCUAUUGCAAUACGAAGGGUAUACCGAAGUGGAACGAUAAAAUACCAGCGGUGACAUUCAUGGCUUCGACAACAGAUGGCAAUCUUGCGUACCUUUGGCGAGGGAGUCUGAAUAAAAUCAACAAGGCUACCGGCCUAGAUCUGAGAUUCCCUGUGGCGAUUAGCGGUUCAGAUCAAAAAAUAUCUUGUUACUUCAGCUGCGAAGAGAUUGUUGGAACCCAAGUCGCCAAAACACUAGAGCCUAAUAUACCCAAAUCAGCAUUCAAAAAUAGAAAAGUCCAGUCAGUACAGCUCCAGACAGCCACUAUAGAAUCUUCAGAGGAUGAUAUAGACUAUGGAGAUUUUUCCGAUGAAGACAUGUUGAAUGCCGCCUUGAACUUAGUGGACCAGAAUGGCAAGGCAGAGGCACAAGACCUUUCGGGCCCGCUGGAUGAUGCUGAAGAUUUCCCACUUAUCGACAAUGUGUUAGCCCAAGAGAAGAGUCCCCUGGUCUCCGAACCUGCCAAGAUGGAAAACGGAAGAUGGAUGUGUAACCACCUUUGUCGUAACGGCCGUCCUACCGGGGCGGGAAAGCCUUGUAAUCACAGAUGCUGCCACGAGGGGGUGGAUAAACCUCGACCGCCACCACGAGAUAAGAAGAGAGACAAAGGUGCCGUGGGAGACGAAAUAGUUGAAGGCGACUCUGUCAAAGUCCUAGAAAAGCAUUCAGAAGUCUUCCAAGCCAACAAGAAUAUCAAUACUGACAGAACUAACGGGAAACGAUUAGUAGGACCUAUGUCUGCUACUCUUUCUGAGUCCCACGAUGUGGGUGCUAAGAAAACGGCUGACACAACUCUACCUAACACAAAGAGAAAGCGCUCAACAAAAGAUGGUAAAGGGGUGAGACUUGCUAAGAAAAAAAGCAAGGCUAUGGAUGAUAGCCUAAACAUGGAUGUAUCGGACAUUGAGUGCAUCGACCUCUCUAUAAUUCGGAAUAAUUAUGAGACUAAUUGCUUCCCCCCAAAUUUAUCGCCCUCCUACGGGAUGGGUCAAAAAGCUCCCAAUUUACUCUCAACUAUGAACACUUCGAAAACCCGCCCCAUGCUUGUUCCGGCCCAGGAAUCCUUUGAUAAGAUGAUAGAAGCUUCUGAUAAAGCGAAUGCGGCCUCGGGUGGAAGCGAAGAUCAAAUGCAGUAUGAUAGCGACAUGUUUGACGAUGAAUUUCCCGAUCUUCAAAGGAUUAUCGCAUCUAAGAAGUUGAACAAUGAUAGAAAAUCUCAAACAACAUUGAGGAGAGAUGAAACCCUAUAUCCUGGCAAUGUUCAAGUCCUGAAAGAAAGCAUGGAUCAUGGUUAG